AUGGCCCCUUCAACUGGGCACAAGCCCUCAGAUGAAAACACACCCCUCCUUGCCGCUGACCCACUGCCCAUCUAUGAAGAGGCUCUGAUAGCAGAAGAAAGCAUUGGGGAUGGAAACGGAAUUGGCGUGCUCAAGUCCAAUGGCGAAGGUGAUGGUGGUGAGGAGGAAGAUAAACCAUUACCGAAGCUACAGAUUUUCUUGCUGUGCUUCGCACGCUUGAUCGAACCAAUUGCUUUCUUUGGCAUUUUUCCCUUCCUACCAAAGAUGAUCGAGGAGACGGGCAAUUUAGAUGAAGAGGAUAUUGGAUUUUAUUCAGGAUUCAUUGAAUCAGCAUUCUCUUUCACGCAAAUGCUGCUCAUGAUCCAAUGGGGCCGAGCCUCGGACCGUGUCGGUCGAAAACCUGUGCUCGUGUUUUCAUUGACAGGAGUGGCGAUCGCGACGGCUAUUUUUGGACUUAGUAAGAGGAUAUGGCAGAUGGUGUUAUUUAGAUGCUGUGCUGGGGUCUUUGCAGGGACGAUUGUGACCGUAAGGACGAUGCUGUCCGAAAACAGCACGGCGAACACACAGGCCAGAGCGUUUAGUUUCUUUGCUUUUAGUGGAAAUCUAGGCAUUUUUCUAGGUCCUUUGAUCGGUGGUGUUUUUUCUACACCUGCGGAGCAAUGGCCCAGGAUAUUUGGAUCCUUUCAAUUUUUGAAAGAUUAUCCCUAUGCUUUGCCCACCUUUAUCACCGGUACAAUUGGGGCCGGUGCUGCUAUCAGUUGCGCGAUCUUGAUUAAAGAGACACUCAAACGGAAAGACAAGGAUCAUCCAACCGUGAAACCCCCAAUGAGUACACUUGAGAUCAUCAAAUCCCCUGGAGUAGGCAUCGUCCUUGCCAUCUAUUGCCACGUAAUGGCUCUCGGUCUAGCCUAUACCGCCAUAACACCCGUCUUCUGGUUCACCAGUGUCCAAAGGGGCGGUUACGGCUUCACUCCUCUCCAAAAUGCCGCUUUCAUAGCCGGAAUCGGCGUCUCACAAGCCAUCUGGCUACUCUUCGUCUUCCCGCCACUCCAACACAAAAUCGGCACGGGCGGUAUUCUGAGAUUAUGUCUUUACGUGUGGCCCAUUUUCUUCACAUCAGCUCCUAUCUGCAAUGCCUUUUUGAGAAAGGGCUGGACGACAGCAUUUUGGGUCGUCGCGCCAGUUGUGCAGAUAGGAGGGAGUGGCGUUGCUAUGGCUUUCACCGGGGUGCAGCUUGCAUUGAAUGACAUCGCUCCUUCUCAGCAAAGUCUCGGGACACUCAACGCAAUAGCCCUUACUAUGACGAGCGCUAUUCGUACCGUUGGUCCAGCUGCGUUUACGAGUCUUUUUGCUGCGGGGGCUAAAACACAGUUCUUCCAUGGCUAUCUUGUCUGGGUGGUGCUGGUGCUGGUCGGGCUCCUGGGUCUGAUACCCCUGGCGUAUCUGCCAGAGAAAGUGGAAGAUCAGUCGAAGAAGAGAGUGCAGGAAAGCGAAGAUGAAGAUUAA